AUGGGCGAGGAUUUGCAGUUGGGCUCAGUUUCUGAACCGAGAAAAAUUUCAGAUAUUAAUGCACAAGUGUCAAAAAUCGAUGGUUUUUCCAAGAAAUCAGAGCUUGAUAUUCAAGUACAAGAAUUGGAAGAAGAAUUGAGAAAAAUCGAUGCUUUCAAACGUGAACUUCCUCUCUGCAUGCACCUCUUAAAAGAAGCAAUUGAGAGAUUGACAGAGGAAGGGUUGCAAUGGAAGGGAGAAAAGGUGGGAGCAGUGAUGGAGGAAUUUAUGCCAAUGAAGAGUGAUUUAGAAGAACAUCAAGAAGCCAAAAUCUCAAAUGAUUGGAGUGAAAAGAAGGAUUGGAUGAGUUCAAUUCAGCUAUGGAACACUCCUCUUCAGUUCGAGAGUCAAUUUGAUACCAGAAAUCAAGAAUCUGAUUUGCACCCAAAAUCAAGUUGCCAAGAAGAGACUGAGGUUUUGUGUAAUUUAAACAGAGCAGGGGAUUCUGUAUCAUUCAACAAACUAGUGAAGGAAGAGAAAGUAUUUAUCCCAGUUAGAGACCUUUCACCGUCAAUUCCUGUGGCUAAAGUGGGAUCACUUGAUUUGAGUUCGAAACGUCAUUUUGGUCAUGGAAGGUCACAACCGCAGCAGAGAAAACAGAGGCGCUGUUGGUCUCCUGGUUUACAUAAGAGUUUUGUCAAUGCACUUCGUCAGCUUGGUGGAGAACAUGCAGCCACGCCAAAGCAGAUAAGAGAACUUAUGAAAGUGGAUGGCCUUACCAAUGAUGAAAUCAAAAGCCAUUUACAGAAAUACAGGCUUCAUAUCAGAAAGGUUUCGACUUCAUCAACCAGAGUGACGGAUCUAGGUAGUGGCGAGUUAGGGCAGCCGCCCUAGCUGGAUUCACCAGAACCAUCGAGAUCCUUUUUUUUUCUUUUUUUGUUGACAAUAGAUUAAAGUUUUAGGUUAUAUUGCUAGUAUUCAAUUUAUUUUCAA